GCUGUAUCUUUCAGGCGGAACUUUAUCAUCAUCGUCCUCAGUUCUCCCCCGGUUCUUUUCGUGGUGGGACGGCUCUUCUGUCAUCUCUCUAGUGGCUGAUCUCCUGCGACGAUGCACAAAGUCCCAGUCAAUGUCAUCCGGCUACCCAAGGGACCGGAUCCCAACAGCCGAGGCUUCGACCCCAACUCCCCGCGAUUCAUCGCCCUGUGCCCCACCUCCAUACCUUCCUCUGCCGGCGGCGAUGGGGCCAGCCUGGAAGAGGAGCAGCGGUGUCGCAGUGAGCUGAGGGAACGCUUCCUCCGCACCCUCAUCAAGAUGAGCAACAAGACGGUGCACUUCGACAUGCAUGGCGGUGUCCAGGUGCAGGCCAGGUUCGGCGCGUCGGACAUCGACGUGCUGAACUUUCAGGUAUCGGAGUUGCAGACACCGAUCGGCGUGCAGAAGGAGGCCCUGCUUCGUUGCCAAGACAUGGUGUCGUUUUCUUUUGAUGUGUAGCUGUGGAAAGCAGCGAUAUGGACAGGACACGUUCAAGUGUCUGAAAUUGUCCCCCUGUAGGCUGACGGUGGACACAAAUCAGCAUUGGUGCCAUAUUACAUAUUACAAGGUACUUCAAGUCUUAAGAGAGCUGAAUUUGACACUUGAAGUGUUGGUGCUGCUCCUUACAUGUUGAAUAAACACUGCAAAUUUACUCUCUGAUAUGGGAUCACUCAAGCACUGGAACCCUCAGCUUCCUUCACGGUCACUAUGCCAUUUGUCCACCAGGGGUCACCAAAUCUAUUCAGAUGACAAGUUCAACUAUGGUGAAGUUGUAUGCACAACAGAAAACAUUCCCCAUGGGAAUAAGUGUUUUUUUUGCAUGUGUGCGUGCCUGUGUUUGAAACAAACAAAAUGAGAGGUACGUCUGCAGGUGGACGGCUGAUAUAAUUUGUUUUGGGAAAAAGGACCGCUCUCAGUGGAGUCUUCAAAAGAAAGGACACGUUUGUGUUUGCCUCUGUUAAUCGUUUUGCAGGGUUUUUAGUGGUGCCUGCUUGGAAGACGUUCUUGUUUGUGUGCACACACACACAUCUGUUCCAUUCUGUUCUGGGAUGUUUUUGUACCCAGAUUUCACCUUAACUUCUUUUUCGUUUUUCUCUCUCCUAUCCCCCCCUCCUACAUUUUUACAUUUUGUCUAAUAAAGAUUUUGAAUGGCUGAAGCCAGAAAACUGUGA